AUGGCGGCCCGAACCGCCCAGCUCCGAGGGCCCAGCAGGGAGCGGGGAGCCACCCUGACCGCCUCCGGCGCGCUCGACACCCUCCCAGGGGAUCGGGACACGUUGAAAGGCGUCGAUGCCAGCAACGCCCUGGUCCUGCCCGGGAAGCGGAAGAGGAAGACGAAGGCCCCUCCGCUGCCGAAGGCGAAGCGGCCUCUGACCAAGAAGGAGCGGAAAGCGUUGCAGAGAAUCUUGGAACAGAAGGAGAAAAAGAGCCAGGUACGCCCGCUCCGGGACGCGGGGGAGGGCUCAGUGCCCAGCGGUCCCCCAGCUCCUCCGGCUGCGGCCACCUCCCUGCCCAGGGCCCCCGCGAAGCCUGCUGUCUUCAUCCCCGUCCACCGAUCCCCGGAAAUGCAGGAAGAGCGCCUGAAGCUCCCGAUCCUCUCCGAAGAGCAAGUGAUCAUGGAGGCGGUGGCCGAGCACCCCAUCGUCAUCGUGUGCGGGGAGACGGGCAGCGGGAAGACCACGCAGGUGCCGCAGUUUCUCUACGAGGCCGGAUACAGCAGCGAUGGCUGCAUCAUCGGCGUCACGGAGCCCCGCCGAGUGGCCGCCGUGGCCAUGUCCCAGCGAGUGGCCAAGGAGAUGAACCUGUCGCCACGGGUCGUCUCCUAUCAGAUCCGCUACGAAGGGAACGUGACGGAAGAGACCAAGAUCAAGUUCAUGACGGAUGGCGUGCUGCUCAAGGAAAUCCAGAAGGACUUCCUGCUGCGCAAGUACAAGGUGCUGAUCAUCGACGAGGCCCACGAGCGCAGCGUGUACACGGACAUCCUCAUCGGCCUCCUGUCCCGCAUCGUGUCUCUCCGGGCCAAGCCGGCUGAAGCUUGGCCCUCGGGCGUCCGUCCGCUGCAGGUGGAGUCCCGGCAGUUCCCGGUGACGGUGCACUUCAACAAGCGGACGCCGCUCGAGGACUACAGCGGCGAGUGCUUCCGGAAGGUGUGCAAGAUCCACCGCAUGCUGCCCGCGGGUGAGGCCCCUGGCGCAGGGAGGGCUCUCCCUCCGGCCUGUGGGCUGGACCUCCCCGAGUGGCUCGGGUGCCUCAGUUUCCUCGCUGGUUCCAGAGUGCUUGCAGCCCCUGCCCUGCCCAGUCCCCCAAAAGCAUCGUGUGGCUCAGUGACUGGCGGGGGGCUCCUGUCCACAUCUGAUAAGCAGGGCCCACAGCUGUCCACAUCUGAUAAGCAGGGCCCACAGGUGCCCCGACAGGACGGGUGGACGGUGUCCCGCCUGAGCGUCACUGUGGACCCCAGCCCGCCUCUUCCAGAGAACGAAGACCAGGGAGAUUCGGUGGAAGAAACGAGGAAGUUUAAGAAGUCGCGGGCGCGGGCGAGGAAGGCCCAGGCGGCGACGCUGCCGCAGAUCAGCCUGGACAGCUACUCGGUGCUGCCGGCGGGCGAAGGGGACGAGGACCGGGAGGCAGAAGCGGCACAGGUCUUCCAACCUCCCCCCGAGGGGACCCGGCUGUGUGUGGUGGCCACCAACGUGGCCGAGACGUCCCUCACCAUCCCGGGCAUCAAGUACGUGGUGGACUGCGGGAAGGUCAAGAAGCGGCAUUACGACCGCGUGACCGGCGUGUCCUCCUUCCGGAUCACCUGGGUCUCCCAGGCCUCCGCCGACCAGCGGGCAGGCCGAGCUGCGUCUGAGCAGCGGGCCUGGUCUCGCAGGCUCUACUCCUCCGCGGUGUUCGGUGACUUCGAGCCGUUCCCACCGCCCGAGAUCACCCGGCGGCCGGUGGAGGACCUGGUCCUGCAGAUGAAAGCGCUCAACAUCGAGCGGGUCGUCAACUUCCCCUUCCCGACGCCGCCCUCCGUGGAGGCCCUGCUGGCCGGCAUUUCCGUUGCCCCACAACGAACCCUGCGCCGCUCCCAGUCACUCCAUUUCCCCCUCGUCUCCACACCGGCUCCACCUGUCUCCGGCUUUGCUUAUUCCGAGUGGUUCCUGCGAGAAGGAUCCCAGGACACGCGGCCUUUCCUGGCGCCCGGGCUGUGGCGUGUCCGUGCGUGUCAGCGGCUUCUCCAGGCCGAGCCCCGGGUUCACCCACUGGGUGCUCGGGGUCUCCUGGACUCACCACACACCCCCUCUCUGCAGACGCCACUCCUGGACGACCCCGUCUUCAUCCACCCCAGCUCCGUCCUCUUCAGGGAGCUGCCCGACUUCGUGGUCUAUCAGGAGGUCGUGGAGACGACCAAGAUGUACAUGAAAGGCGUCUCGGCCGUGGAGAUCCAGUGGAUCCCCGCGCUGCUGCCCAACUACUGCCAGUUCAACAAGCCGCUGGAGGAGCCGCCGCCCGCCUACUGCCCUGAGAAGGGGCGGGUGCUCUGUCACCGCGACAGCGUGUUCUAUCACGUGGGCUGGCCCCUGCCCGCGGUGCAGGUGGACUUCCCCGAGGGCCUGGACCGCUACAAGCACUUCGCCCGGUUCCUGCUGGAAGGGCAGGUCUUCCCCAGGCUGGCCUCCUACCAGGCCUGUUUGCUGUCCAGCCCCAGCACGAUGCUGAAGACGUGGGCCAGGCUGCAGCCCAGGACAGAGAGUCUCCUUAGAGCCCUGGUUGCCGAGAAAGCCGACCACCGAGACGCCCUGCUGGCUGCGUGGAGGAAAAACCCCAGAUACCUGCUGGCUGAGUACUGCGAGUGGCUCCCGCAGGCCAUGCACGCCGACGUGGAGAAGGCCUGGCCCCCGACGGCUGACCGCUGACCCGAUGGCUGGCCGCAGGACUGAGGACUGGUCUAGGGACCCAGGGGGACGGCAGCAGCCCCUGUCAGACACGGUCCCUCUGGCCCCUGGAAGCCUUCGUGUGUCUUGGCCCAAUCUGGGGUGACUGUGUAACUAUUUAUUAGGGGGUGGGCGAGGGAUUAUCUCAAACGCCAACCUGACCCCCUUUUUAAAGGUGCUCGUGGGCUACAUUAGCGCCUGUGGAGCCACAGGGCGGGAGGGCGAAGCCGCUGAGAGCAGGGGAGACUAAAGGUCCUUCCUCGGGGGUGUCUGUGGCGGGCAGGGCCCCCAGGCUCCCACCUCUCCUGCAGAGCUGGCACCAGGAGGGGCGUCCCCCGAUGGCCAGCCCCAUCAGUGCCUUGCUGAAAUAAAUCGUGGCGUGGCCCAGCUGGCCUGGCUCCUGGUUGAGCAUCGAGCUAUGAACCAGCAGGUCACGGUUCGAUUCCCUGUCAAAACA